AUGCGUUUAAAGAUAUUACCACCACUACAAACAAUAAUUCAGAUCAGCUUUUUAAAAAUUAUGAAUCAAUGUUGCAAGAUGCAUUAUCAAUUGUACAAGAACAACAUGAAAUUAAGAAUGUUAAAUGGGCAAAAUCUAUUGAAAAAAAUUUUGAGGGUAUUAAUAAACUGGUAAUGGAUAUCAAGGUGUAUAAAAGAAAAAUAAAGAAUCCAAGAAUGUGGAAAGAUUAUAAUUGA